AUGACCGCCCAGAACGGAGACUCAUCUCUCACGACCAGCGACAUCACCGACUCCAGCGCCCUGAUCCACGGCCUCACAGCCGAAGAGAUCGGCACCCUAACAGCAAAAUGCACUGAAGCAAAAGCAGCGGCUUAUUGCCCCUACUCGCUCUUCCGCGUCGGCUGCACCCUCCUCACGCACUCCGGAGCCUUCAUCUCCGGCGCCAACGUCGAAAACGCAUCCUACCCCGUGGGCACGUGCGCGGAGCGUGUGGCCAUGGGCAGCGCGGUCUUCGCCGGCCACCGGCGGGGAGACUUCAGGGCCGUGGCCGUCGCGACAGAUGCGCCGGAGCCGAGCUCGCCGUGCGGAAUGUGCAGGCAGUUUUUGCGGGAGUUUUGCGGGGAGGAUGUCCCGGUUGUGAUGGUUGGACGGGAUGGGGGGGAGGGGAGGGUGGUUGUCAGGACGAUGGGGGAGCUGCUGCCGAUGAGUUUUGGACCCGAGUCGUUGCCGCCGAGGGAAGAGCUUGCGAAGGUGGGCGAGGGGAGGAGGAAGGGAUGA